AUGCGACAUUCUACUUCAAGCAAGCGAGUGGAACCGCGGGGCACGGUGACUGCAGCAGACUUUGACAGGAAGCUGGCAGAGACGGACUCAUACUUACAGAUCAUGUUAGAGCAGGUCCAGGCUCUGGAGACACGGAUUGAAGCAUGUGAAGAUUUAGCUGCCAAGGAGAAAUACAACGUUAUCAAAGUGACUGCUGAGGCCAUGAUAGAAGCCAUUAAACACUCUAUUGUCAUGCUGCAGAUCUCAAAGGAGAGCCUGAACGGGCCGGUGAUGAAUGGGUCGGUGCACGAAGCCAUCCUGACCUCUGGGGCCGACUUCAACCAUUUUGGAGGCACAGAUGGUGACCCCUCGACCAGUGUCUCGCCCGUGUCCCCUCGCGUCCCCGAGACCUCGUACUCCAGCAGUGAGGAGGAGGACUUCUUUGAUGCGGAGGAAUUCAAGAACGCUCCUCACAGCCCACUAAGACAACAUGGCAGUGCAUUGGAAAAUACAGUUAAAUCAAAAGAGGAGGAAGAAACAGAGGCAUCGACGGAAGGCAGCGAGGGGAUAUGUCAGCAGGUGAUCACAGCAGAGGACGAUUACUAUGACGAGCUGUAUGAUGAACAGGACAAAGAAGACUUGGGAUCAUUAGAGAAGCACGGCAGUAUCAUCGCACACCUGUUGUCCCAGGUAAGGAUCGGCAUGGACCUGACCAAGGUCGUCCUUCCCACCUUUAUUCUGGAGCGGCGGUCGCUGUUGGAAAUGUAUGCCGACUUCUUUGCUCACCCAGACCUGUUUGUAAGAAUUGUAGACAUGAAGACCCCACAGGACAGGAUGAUACAGCUGGUGCGAUGGUACCUCUCCGCCUUCCACGCCGCCAGAAACAGCGACAUCGCCAAGAAAGCCUACAACCCGAUCCUGGGCGAGACGUUUGUCUGUCACUGGAAGAUCCCAGGGAUGGAUGACAGUGGGGAGAAAGCAGUCGAUGGUCCAUGUGAAGAAGCCACGAGAGAAAAUCUGUCAUUUGUCGCCGAGCAGGUCUCCCACCACCCUCCCAUAUCAGCCUUCUAUGCAGAGCAUCAGACCAAGAGAAUCACCUUGGAUGGCUACAUCUGGACCAAGUCCAAGUUCCUGGGCCUGUCUAUCGGGGUCCACAUGAUCGGGCAGGGCGUGGUCUCUGUGAUAGACCACGAUGAAGAAUACGUCAUCACAUUUCCUAAUGGCUAUGGCCGGUCUAUUCUGACUACCCCAUGGGUGGAGAUGGGGGGUAAGGUCUCCAUGUCUUGUGCCAAAACAGGUUACAAUGCCACAGUAACUUUCCACACAAAGCCUUUUUAUGGAGGAAAGAAGCAUCGAGUAACCAGUGAAAUUUUUGCUCCAAAUGAGAAGAAACCGAUAGUGACAAUCGACGGUGAAUGGAAUGGGGUCAUGUACGCAAAAUACGCCACAGGUAUGAAUGAAGUAUUUGUGGACACAAAGAAAAUGCCUGUGGUGAAAAAACUAGUCAAGCCCCGAGAAAAACAGGCAGAAUUUGAGUCAAGAAGACUCUGGCAGGAAGUAACACAUAACUUGAAAAUCAAUGAGGUGGAUAAAGCCACCGACCAUAAACAGAGACUGGAGCAGAGGCAGAGAGAGGAGGCCAGGGACAGGAAGGAGAGGGGCGUGGCAUGGGAAACUAAGAAUUUCCAUGAGGUAGGAGAACACUGGGUGUAUGACCGACCUUUACAAAAGAGGCUGAGGAAUCCAUCCCCAGUCUCCAGCGGCUCUCACACACCCAGCAGUUAG